UUGGUGUGGUUGGUCUUGGUAGUUCGUUUUGUUGCAAGUAAUCGGAAUCGGGUUAUGGUUGUUGGUUAUGGUUCUGGGAUUCUUUUAUUCUCAGUCGACUAUUAAAGCCCACACCACUUAAAGUAGCGUUCGCCGUUGCGGAAUAUAUUCGCUUCGAGUGUCAGUGAAUUCAAUUUAACAACAAAGUUCUUGAAAAAUUUAGCGGUCUCUUGCUCUUGCUCUUCUCAAUCCCAGACUCGUUGUUCAUAUUCCUUGUUAGAUUCGAUUGGACUCUCGGUUAUUGUGCUUAAAAUUCAUAAACCUUACGAACAUUUCUUUCGAUUUGUCUUCCGAUAUCAAUACGAAUUCCUAGCAACGCAAAAACAAAAUACGAAGAGAGGAGAAGGAAAGGGGCACUAUCUGAUGCCAUUGUCCUCUAAAAUUCGAUAUCUCUACUGGUUCUUGAGCUAUGGACGAUGAAAAAAACGUUUAAAACUUACGAAUGUACGAACGUAUGUACGUACACACGGUCGCACACAAAUCUCUCUAAAAAUCUUUUAUUUCGACUCUGAGUUAAGAUUGCGAUGAGCCAUUUAAUAGAGAAGACAAAUCUUACAAUGUCUUUCAAAACCACUUCUACACAACAGUCCAGCUCUGAUGAUCAGACUUCGGUGAAUUUACAGACUGAAACAAGGGCGCACGAUAAAUUGCAACCUGCAAAAAUUAAUAAAUUUGAUGCUGUACUUACAAGCCUAAUGGCUGGAGCUGUAGCGGGAGCCUUAGCUAAGACAACAAUAGCACCAUUAGAUAGAGCGAAAAUAAAUUUCCAAAUUAGCAAAGAUACUCCAUACUCAUUUCGAGCCGCUGUGCAGUUUCUUAAAAAAACCUACACUACCGAAGGCACUUUUGCAUUAUGGCGUGGAAAUUCUGCAACCAUGGCUCGAAUUGUACCCUACGCAGCAAUACAAUUCACAGCACACGAACAAUGGCGAAAAAUCUUACGAGUUGAUGAGGAUGGUACAAACACAAAGUUGAAAAGGUUUAUGGCUGGUUCAUUAGCUGGAAUAACAUCACAAUCUUUAACGUAUCCAUUGGACUUGGCAAGAGCACGAAUGGCUGUGACAGAUAAAUAUUCAGGUUACAACACACUCCGCCAGGUUUUUGUCAAAAUAUGGGUUGAAGAAGGACCUCGAACCUUAUUUAGAGGUUACUGGGCAACUAUAUUAGGAGUUAUUCCUUAUGCCGGAACAUCUUUUUUUACGUAUGAAACAUUGAAAAAAGAAUAUAAUGAAGUCUAUGGCAACAAAGCACCUAAUACUAUAGUUACAUUAGCAUUUGGUGCUGCCGCUGGUGCAGCUGGUCAAACAGCAAGUUAUCCGCUAGAUAUAGUCAGAAGGCGAAUGCAAACAAUCGGAAUACAUCAGAAAAAUAAAGGAGAAUAUACGACAAUUUAUUCAACUUUGAAGAAAAUUUACAGAGAGGAAGGUGUGAAAAAUGGCUUCUUCAAAGGACUUAGCAUGAAUUGGAUUAAAGGACCUAUUGCCGUUGGCAUAAGUUUUUCAACAUAUGAUCUUACAAAAGAAUUUCUUAGAGAAUUAGCACAUAUUAAACGUGGCAGGUCCACACUUAAAGAACUAUAAAAUUAUUUAUUUAUAUUUGAAAUUAGAAUUCAUGAUAGUCUUUGAAACAAAAAAAAUAACUCAGUUUUGUUCAUUUAGGUAAAAUAUACUAAUGUUAAUUGUGCUUACAUAAUACUUAAUGUCAA